AUGGAGAAUGCGUCACAGGGCAUUGACCUUGUUUCCCUUCCUGCCAGGUACAUCCGUGCAGACCAGAGCCUGAACAGCACCAUCACAAGCACAGGGUGUACAGAGCAGGCGGAGCAGCAUGUGAGCUACGUAGAACAUGUGGUGGUCAAGGUACUGGUUGUCCAUCCACGACGAGGAGAUCUGGAGGUCAGCCUCAUAUCACCCUCAGGAACACGCUCACAGCUACUGGCCAAGAGGUUGUUUGAUAACUCUAAUGAAGGUUUUAGGAACUGGGAGUUCAUGACUGUUCACUGCUGGGGGGAGAGGGCAGAGGGCCAGUGGAUCCUGGAGAUCAUAGACUCUCCCUCAUCUCUACGCAACCCAGAGGUGCUGGGUAAACUGAAAGAGUGGACGCUGGUCCUUUAUGGCACCUCGGGGCACCCGUACCAGUCCCACGGGACCCAGCACUCUCGCUCCAGGAUGCUUGAGAUCCCAACCCCCAGCCGGGACCCCAACGGGCCCGAACCACCCCCGGAGGUCCUCAAGCACCAGGAGGAGGAAGAGGAGGAGUACAGCGGGCCGUGCCACAGUGAGUGUGGGGACCAGGGCUGUGACGGGCCAGAUCCUGACCACUGUCUGAACUGUAUCCACUACAGCCUGGGCAGCCUCAAGACAGGCAGGACGUGUGUGAGCCACUGUCCGCUGGGCUUCUACGAUAACUUGGAGGCCAGGAGGUGUCGACGCUGUCACAAGGGCUGUGAGAGGUGUGUGGAACGCACCCCCACCGAGUGUCGCUCCUGUCGCAGGGGACUCUACUUCAACCCCCUCAACACUACCUGCUCUGAGACCUGCCCUGCUGGGUACUUCGCUGACGACAUUCAGAGGAAAUGUCUGAGGUGUCAUGAGAACUGUAUGAAGUGUCUGCGGGACUCAGACAGGUGUACUGCCUGUAACGACGGCUACAGUCUGGCGGGGAUGACCUGUGUACCAGAGUGUGCCAACGGAACCUUCUUUCAUCUGGAGGAGAUGAAGUGUAGUCCCUGUCACACCUCCUGCUCUACCUGCACAGGUCAGUGUCCCUGUCACACCUCCUGCUCUACCUGCACAGGUCCAGGUAAGGAGGAGUGUAUCCAGUGUGCCAGACAUCACCUGCAACAAGAGUGGAGGUGUGUUCAGACCUGCGCCCCAGGAUACUACUCAACAGAGGAUGCUGGCUACCACCAGGGGAUGUGUCACAAGUGUGAGGAGAAUUGCCUGAGUUGCGACGGCCCCGGGACGACCUGCGUCAAGUGCAAAGACAGCUACAACCUCGUCAGCAGGAUGUGCAUCGUGAACGCCACCUGUAACAAUGCCGACGAGGUGUUUUGUGAGAUGGUAAAAUCCAACCGGCUGUGUGAGAAGAAGCUGUUCCGCCAGUUCUGCUGCAGAACCUGUCUGAUGACCGGUUGAGAAUCCUAGUAGAGAACCUGAAGAGUGGAACCUGGAGAGGAACCCUGCGUGGAACCCACCACUUCCUCAUCCACUGUACAUUUCCAAACUAGCUAAUGUUUGUGUCUGAAUGAAAAGAAAGAGUGAAUAGGUCUUCACCAGGGUUGGGGUCAAUUCCAUUUUCCUCAAUGCAUUCCUGAAUCCACUGAAUUGAAAUGGAAUUGACCCCAACCCGGAACAAACACUAUUCCUCCUAUCAAUUUUACCCCGCAAAGGGUAGACUUGAUUUUCAUACGAUACAUACAGUAUUUUAAAGUUGUCUUUUUUAUUUAAAAAACAACAUACAUGUAACAUGUAUAUUUUGUAUUCUAAUGCUGCAUUGUUGUAAAGUACAGUACUUUUUACAAUGACACGUUAGUGAAUAACUCUCUGAUUGAACAACUGUGCUUUGGAAGUGAAGCUGGUUGAUAAACCAACAGCAUCACUCAAAAUGGGGAUGGUAUUUAUAAGGCACCAAGUGGAAUAAGACAAACUGAAACAUGAAGGGACUACUUGAACGUUUCUGUUUUCUGUUGUGCCCUACCGAAUACGACCCUGAUCAACUUUUUCAUACUUAAUAUACAAAGUUCCUCACAAAAAAAUUGUUUAUACUGUAUAAGGCUUUUAGUUUUUUUUUAUAAAGAAAUAUGUAAAACAAUGAAUUACUGUAAUUGUAUUUACAUUUUAGCAGACACUAUUAUUCAGAAUGACUUACAGUAGUGAGUGCAUACAUUUUCAUGUACUGGUCCCCGUGGGAAUCACACCCACAACCCUGGCGUUGCAAGCGAAAUGCUCUACCAACUGAGUUACACGGGACUAUUACUGAAUACUGUACAAUUCCUGUAUACUGUACCAUUUACAAUGCUGUUGUACAUUUUAGAAUGUGUAUUUGAUGUUUUUAUCGUUUGUUUUUAUGAAUGAAAUAAAAUACGUACAUUGUG